GUAAAUUUAAUGUUUUUGUUGACUCUUCUUGCCAGACAAUGCAGGCAAUAUGCUUUAAAGAACCAGGUGGGCCAGAAAAACUGUAUUUAGGACAAAUUCCCAAACCUGAACCUAAAAAUGGGGAAGUCCUCGUUAAAGUCUAUGCCACAGCUUUAAACAGGGCUGAUGUGUUACAGAGGAGAGGUCUUUACUCCGCUCCUCCAGGAGCCAGUGAGAUUCUUGGUUUGGAGGCUGCUGGGGUGGUCACUGGUUUUGGUCCUGGACUCAGGAGGAAUUUUAAACUAGGUGAUAAGGUCAUGGCUUUGCUUUCUGGAGGAGGAUACGCACAGUACGUAGCUGUACCUGAGGAACUUCUUAUGCCAGUCCCUUCAAAUCUCACUCUUUACGAAGCUGCAGCGAUUCCAGAGGCCUGGUUGACCGCUUACCAACUUCUUCAUUUCAUAGGAAAAGUUAAGAAGGGAGAGUCAGUGUUGAUUCAUGCCGGUGCGAGUGGAGUCGGCACUGCUGCCAUUCAGCUUACUCGUCUGUUUUGUGCUGUUCCGCUGGUGACUGCUGGAAGCCCUGAUAAGUUAAAGAUUGCAGAAAAACUAGGUGCAGCUGCUGGGUUCAAUUACAAAGAAGGGGACUUCUCUGAAAAGAUUCUACAGUUCACUAAAGGAAGGGGCGUUGACAUCAUCCUUGACUGUAUAGGUGGAUCUCAUUGGGAGAAAAAUGUGUGCAGUUUGGCUAUGGAUGGAAGAUGGGUGCUCUAUGGUGUUAUGGGGGGAAAAGCAGUGGAUGGAGACUUGCUUGGCAAACUUUUAUUUAAGCGCGGUUACAUUCUCAGUAGUCUCCUCAGGUCACGGAGUCUACAGUAUAAAGCCGAAUUGGUCAGGAGCUUCAUUGAACAGGCUUUGCCACACUUUCAGUCAACAGACCUGCCCAUGUCACUGAGGCCAAUAAUCGACAGCAUGUUCAACAUGGAAGACAUAACUGAGGCACACAGACACAUGGAGGCCAACAAAAAUACUGGCAAAAUCAUAAUCAAAAUUUUAGAGGCUUGAUUGAUUUCAUUAUACUGACUAUCUCUAUGUAAUGGUUUGUAUUUUAAAAUGCUUGCACUCAGAAGCAUCUUUAUGACAUGCAAUAAAGUUCAAAGAUUAAAUUUGCAUCUCUGUCAGCUGAUAUUCGACAUUGAGUAAAAGCUUGGACUCACGUUCGAUUCCAGUCUCAGAAAUUUGUUAACUUUAGAAUCAAGUUU